CCGCUCGUCUCCUACCCGCGCCGACACCACCCGAUACAACUAUUCGCUGUCUUACAAACACUAAUAAACUGUCACAACUCAUAUCACUAUUCCAUUAAACCCCACCGCGCUACGGACCUUCCCGCGGAUGUGAUACAACCAAACAAAACCUUGUGUCAUGUGACAGUGCUGCUAUUGCUUGCAAAUCUUCAGGCGGCUGUCUAAACGGUGUAGGAGGCGCUCCAGAGGUCAUGUAAUAUGAUCAAUCACAAUACAUAUACAAAAAGAAAAUGAGAAACAGCCUGCGGGCUUAUAAAUUGAAAAGCUAAUACUGUGAUUCUGGCAAAUGGCUUGUAAGUUAGAAAUGACGUAGAAUAUAGUGAUGACAAUGUGUUAGAGUAUUAUGGGAGCCGCAUGGAGUCGCGUGCGCAGAUGAGUCACACACUGCCGACCAAGCAUCGCCCUGAGGCAACUUACAGGAGUUGCUCGCAGUCUCUGCCGCUCGAUAUUCUAUGGUUGCCGCGGUCGUCGUUCCGGCCGGCGGAGGGCGAGCUGGCAGACUGUGUGCUGGUGGUGGGCGUGUCGCGGCCCAAGCUCGCGGCCGCCCUGCUGUCCGUCACGCUGCUGUCGCUGUUCCUCACCUUCCACGUGCUCUAUGACAGCGCGUUAUACAGCAUACAGGCGGCGAGCAUGGCAUCGGCCGCCAGCGAAGGGCGUAAGAUCCUGCAGAGCCAAGAGAGCAACACCAGAACUAUCAACCAUCCGAUGGCACUGCGCAAGCGGUUACGACCUCCCAGGCAACCUAGACCGGCACGCAGACUCCCACAGGCUCUUAUAAUAGGCGUCAGAAAAUGCGGCACCCGAGCGCUACUAGAGAUGCUGUACCUACAUCCGAUGGUACAAAAGGCAUCUGGUGAAGUCCACUUCUUCGAUCGAGAUGAGAACUACGCACUAGGCUUGGAAUGGUACCGGAGUAAAAUGCCGCUGUCAUUCAAAGGGCAGAUCACGAUAGAGAAGAGCCCGAGCUACUUUGUUACUCCGGAGGUACCAGAACGCGUUAGAGCUAUGAACUCCUCAGUUCGUCUCCUACUCAUAGUCCGGGAGCCAGUGACGCGCGCGAUAUCCGACUACACGCAACUACGCAGUCGCGCCACACCGUCGGCGCCCGCGCACCCUCAGAUCGCUGCCCACCCGGUACCUGACGCGGCCAAGCCGUUCGAACAUCUGGCUAUCUCUCCUGAUGGAUCGAUUAAUAUCGCUUACAGGCCAAUAGCCAUUUCGCUGUACCACGCGUACCUCCACCGGUGGCUGGAAGUGUUCCCUCGGGAACAGAUCCUGGUGGUGAACGGAGACCUGCUCAUUGAAGACCCGGUGCCGCAGCUCAGACGCAUUGAGAAGUUCCUAGGACUCGAGCAUAAGAUUGGAAGAAAGAAUUUCUACUUCAACGAAACCAAAGGCUUUUAUUGCCUAAGAAACGACACCACAGACAAAUGCCUUAGGGAAACGAAAGGUCGUAAGCACCCUCGUGUUGAUCCUGCUGUCGUCACGAAGCUUAGGAAGUUCUUCAUCCAGCAUAACCAGAGGUUUUACGACCUCAUUGGUGAAGACCUGGGCUGGCCGGAAGAUUAAGAAGAGAGUAUAGAAUAAGGGUCAUCACCCCUAUGUGAUGGCCAUACUACUUUGUUGUGAUCAACAUAUCAAAUACAUAUCAUGAUACAUAUCACUAGUCAGUAAAUUUUUUAAAGUCGUUUAUGUAUACAUAAUAGCGUAACAUAGAAUAAGAAACCCGAAGAGAUAAUUUAUUUAUAUCUAGCAAUUUUUAUUAUAUUAGACAUUUUACAUUUUAAUCUAGGCAAUUAUUUAAUUGAUUUUGUUUCGGUCGUUCGUAAUCUAAUAUAAGUUUGAAUGAAAGGAACGUCUAAAGAAAGGGAACAACUUGAAAUUAUGGUUAUGUGGUGUUUAAUUUACAUCUUUCGGUAUUUAACCUCGGGACACGCGCAUAAUUUCAUGCACAAUAAUUAAUUUUCGUUUAUAAUACAGGAAUAUCUCGAAUAAACUCUCGCUUACAAACUCCGAACACAACUGUAUUGAAUAUCAUUAAUGUAACUUUUAUAAAAUCAGAAGAGCACCAUAAGAAAAUGUUCUGCCGAGUCCUAAGGUUAAGUCUUAAGUCUUCUAAGAUUUUAAAAUCAUUAUUAUUUCAUAAACAAAUUCUGAAUAGAUUUUCCACAGGCAUCUUUAAAGCACUGAUUUGAUAGACCGACCCACUGAAACCCUGAGCAAUAUAUUUUUAUAUAUAAUUAAGUAUUGUAUUAAUUAUACAGCGUUUAUUAUACAGAAUGUGAAUUUUUUAAUAUUUGUGAUAAUUUCAUUUGUUAGAAUUAAUGAAUUUUAUAUAGGUGUAAGUAUGAAGUAAAUGUAACUGAACUAUAUAAUAUUACGUUCAAAGUGAAUGAGUGUUGUACAUUUUCGCUUUAUACUUUAGGUGUCGUAUUGGUCGUGCGUUGUCCUAAAUGUGUUUCAUUUAUUAGUGAAUGUGAUUUUUCCAAAUCUUAGAUACUUAAUCUAUAUCGUUCAAAUAAAUAAACUUCAGCAAAGAAAUUUAAUCGUAGUCGAAAUAUUAAAGUGUUUUGUAUACACUGGUAUACAUGGUGUAUAAAAUACGAUCAAAAUAUUCUACAGCAUUGUGUGUGUAUAGCUUGUAGUGGUCAUAAUCUUUGGUGUUUUCAUUUACGCCAUAGAAUUAAACGCAGACUCUAAUUUAUUUACAAGUUUUGGAGAGAUAUAAAUUCGACGCGGGUUUUAGAAGUAUUCUAUUUAAGUGUAACGUCCAAGACUGAAGAGUUAGUUGAAUAAGUCUAAAUAAUACCUAUUUAGCAUAAAAUGUCCAUAGGUAAUACGCGAGACGGCGAGCCCUGAACACAGCUUUUUAAAGCUUUGAGUAUCUUGUAAUAUAUGAAACACCAGCACCCCAAUUAAGUUAAUACGGAUAUCCAACUGACACGCCCGCCCCGAGGGACUUAACACACAUUGCUGGAUAUGUUCGUACGUUUAUCUUAUUGAAGUUGCAACUACGCAAUCUAUUAAAUAGUCGAAAUUAUAGGUAUCGCAAUUGAAAUGGAAAGGUAUUGAGUUACAUAAUAACGGGGCAGGUUUAUGUCUGAAAUGAUACCAGAUUAACUAAUUAUGUCCACAUUAUAGGAGUAAUAUUGUCCUAUUUGUGAAAUUUAUUUGAUGUUUAUAGGCAAUUUAAAAUGAAAAUUUCCUUUAUUAUACAAACCCUUUACAACUUGAAAUUCGAUCUAAAUAACCAAAAAUGUAUACACCUACAAAAUAUUUACGAUCUUGUCAUUUUGCUAUGUAUUUUAUAUUGAGUAGGAAUGAAGCAAAGUAUUUUACUAUGGUAAACUUAACAGGCCUUAAGUAAUACAUAUCUCGAUAAUGAAUGCUUGGUCACCAUCGACCGUAGCAUCGUAGACUACUACGCCGUAGCACUAUCAUGAUGCGUAGCAACUUAAAUAUCCUUGAGUCGCACAGUAUAAACGCAAAAUAGAACUACAUAUAAUAAAAAUAAAUCAAUGAGAAUUGAAUAUGUUCAAGAAACCCAUUCAUCAAAGAAUACCACGCGCUACUGCAUUAGGGUCAAACACAAAAAGAAACGUGCAUAAUAUAAAAUGGUGUGAAUAAUAAAACCUCAUCGAAUCAAACGGUUUAAUAAAUAAACUAUCGAUGAACCAUUUUGAUACAAAAAUAAUGCCAGAGUACUUUAACGGAUACAUUACUUCAAAUGAGAAUACACGUGAUAAACAUCACAUAAAGAUACGAUUCCAAUUGUAUUCAAUAAAACACAUAUAGAAGAUCUAUACGACUUUUACACAAACGUGUUCGAAACAUAUUUACAAGAAAAAUAUUUUUGGUGUUUUUACCUACUUUUAAAUGUCACGUCUGAGUGUUUCAUAUCUUGUCUAGAGAUACUUGAUCUUUGGCAAGCGACCACCUUCCCGCAACGUUGAGUCGGAUCGAAGCGAAACGGUGUAAGGGUGAAAAUUAUUUUUAAGUAGAAUAUUUGCUUCCAAAAUCCAGAAUCAACGAAUAUUAUAUAUGUUUUUAUUGUCCCUUUUAUUGGCGCAUUUACGAUAAUAUUCGUGAUGAUUUUUCAGUAACCUAUUAAAAGUUAAAUGUAAUAUAUUUACAAGGGAAUUAUAAAAGCACUUGCUGCGUAUUUUAUUGCAAGUUGUCGGAAUUACUUCAAGUAUAGUUUUGUUAUAAAAUCAUAAACUUUCUCAGACUGUCUUAAUAUAAUACGGAAACAUACAAAUAUAUUCAUGUAAUUAGGUAGAUCAAUUCACUUCAAAUGUCCAUAUGAAAUUUGUCACUUUAUUUUCGCUCACAACUGUACUUGAAGAAUUCCAACGAGUUGCGUAAAACAAGAAUAUCAAACAUAUCAAAAAUUUCAAUAAUAUAUAGUUAAGUUUAAAUGUAAGAUCUAUAUUAAGUUAAUCUUUUAAUUAAAUAAGAAUCUUUAUUGUUUAGGUAAUUCACUAGUUGUUAGAUAACUUUAAUCACUGUUAAAUGUUGUGCACGUUCAUAAGAUGUAGUUAAAGUUUUGAUUAGGGCAAUAAUUUUUAUAGUUAUUUAAUGAAAAUUACUCUAAAGAAUAUUAUUUAUAUUACUACAAAUUGUUAACUAUUUAUUACAUGUCUACGUUUCGCUUUUUAAUACUUUCUCAGCUUAACUUUACUUUGAAGGUUUACUUUCUUAAAUUAUUUUACAGUUAGUCACGGAUAUUUUAAAGUAUUAAAAUAAAUUUUAAAUGUUACCUUAACACCUUGUAAAUAUCUUCUAAAUCUCCCUUCUGUAAGUUACAUUGUACCUACAUCUUCAAUAAAUAAAAUACGAAGCAAAA